AUAAACGAACUGCGAAGUCAGAGAGUCUAGUUUCCAGGCUAGUCUUGUAGCCUAGUUGUCUAGUGAUGUGGUCUUUUUUGCCCUAAAUUUAAAAAAAAGUCAGGGAGAGUAGGCCUAAUGUAUUUUUUUCCUGGACCUACUCAGUAUAGUAGCCUAAGGCCUCGUGAGAACUAUGAUAAGUCUGCUGAGUGAUGUGAACCCGGAAUGGGGUUUGUGCCUAGCUGUGGCUGUGGUUGGAUUUACCAUUAUUGCUAAUGCUUACAGGGUCUGGAAGAGGACACAUGCUCCAUGUCCACCUCCAUCUCCAUCAGACUCUCCCUCAAAGUUAACAUCACCCCUUUUGCCCGUGUCCAGCCACACCACUGAAAUCGAGGAGAGCCAGAGUUCCAUACAAGGCCAACAGAACUCUGAAAAGCAAAACAAAUAUGAGAAAAUAAGGGAGCGUGCAAAGGCAGCCUUAGACAGCAUACCUGCGUGGGCCCAGGAGGAUUCAAUUAAAUACCUUAAUGGCCAAUCAAAACCACAGCUUAAACCCCGAUGCCAACACACAGACGAGGGUCACCAAGUUAUCAAUAUGGGCGUGGAGACCAUGCUUGAAGAUGUGUUGAAGGAGCUCUUAAGUAGACUGCAAGUCAAGUACAAAGCAGAAGAUAUGAAGAAACUAAAGGAAAAUCUCCAGACUUUCUUCACAAAACACGAAGAAAAAAUCCUUAGGGAUCUCAUGGUGGUUGACCUCGGUCACAAGGUGCCUGAUUUCAGUAGACAGGUCUUUGGUAUUUUCAGUAACGUUCUGAUUCAAAGCAUUGCUGACUACAUGGAAGACUCCAUUAAAAAUAUCCACAACAGUUCCUGUAAACGUCUAUCCAAGCGUGUGAAUGAAAUCACUUCACUCAUGAACCAGUAUGAGGUUUAUGUGGAUGCUGUAGCAAGGGACGAAUGGGUGCAGAUUGGGAACAAGAAUAGGCAGGUUUAUGGCACACCAGAGGACCGAGAGAAGGUUUAUGAGGUAAUGAGAGAUGUGGUGAAAGGAAAUUUGAAUAACAUCUUGAGAUGUUUUACAAAGAUUCUUGAAAAAAGCAAGAUAGCCUAUAAGAAUGACCUUGAUAUCUACUAUUACUGGUCUUAACUUGGCCAUCACUCUGCAAGACAAGACACAUGACAAUAUGAUUGAAAUAGAGUAGCCUUGACACCUUUUCGUUUCUACUUUAGUUAUUUCUACUUUUCAAAUUUUCAUCAAUGAUUCCACUAUUAUUUUUCUGUUAUUUUCUGUCAAUUAUGAAUGACUUGGGUGUUACAGUUGUCAUUAUGUUCAUAAUUUUUAUAAUAAUAUUUUUGUUAUUAUUGCAUGUAAUGUGGCCUUGUGUCCACUUGUCCAAUAAAUAAAAGGUUGACUGUC